AUGGGUAGUUGGGGUAGGGAAGGUGUAGUGAGACAGUAUAUAAGAUCGAAGGUUCCUCGUUUAAGAUGGACACCUGAACUGCAUCGUUGCUUUGUUUAUGCCAUUGACACUCUUGGAGGUCAUCACAAGGCUACUCCUAAGCUUGUUCUUCAGUUGAUGGAUGUUAAAGGGCUAACAAUUUCACACGUCAAGAGCCAUCUGCAGAUGUACAGAAGCAUGAGAGGUGACUCUUGCAGAAAAGAUAGGACUGCAACCCCAAAUAGAAAACAAUCUUUUCAAGAGCAUGAUGAUGGUUGUGUUGAUGAAGUGAAUGAUGUUGGUGUUCACUCUUGUUUAAAACCCAUUGGAAAAGCAUCUGAUUCCCUCUUCAGCUACAGCAAUAUCUCCCCAAAAAGAGCUAGAAUCGAAAAGACACGUUCCCUCUCAGGAAUCCUACAAUGCAGCCAAAGAAUAUGUAAAGCAGUCCCAAAACCUUGCCCCAUUUAUGAUUAUCUGCAGAGCAUGGCUGAGCAGAAGGGAAUAAAGGAGAUUUGUGCUGGUACAAUAUGGCAGACCCAACCCCAUUUUUCCACAACCUUUCCUAUGCUGCCUAAGCAACAAUCUGAUUUGCUCCAGGUACCCAUCCCAUACACUGUUGCCAAAUUAACUGGUAAGGAGCCUUUUAAUGAACUUGGGAACACUAGGAGGGUGCGUGCAGAAGAUGAAGAUAUAGGAGGUUGUGAGUUGUCAUUGUCAAUCUCAUUGCCCCAUCCUUCGUCUCAGAUCAGAAGCAAUGCUGCUUCAGCCAGUGAGAUCAGUGAAGGAAUUUCAUCACGCACCGGCUUAAGCAAUUACUUGGGCUGCUCUAGUUCUUCAAAUGUCCAAAACGGAAUUAACUUAGACCUAUCUUUGGCCAUAUGUGGCAAUUGA